AUGAACAUCUCUUAUGAUUCUCUCACCUUCGACCUCCUCGCUAUUCAUCUACCUUUUCUAAUUCACCUGAUUGUUUACUCUUUUGCUAUGUUCUCUCUCUCUCUCAUUCUUUUUCUUCUUCUUCUUCUUCUUCUUCUUCUUCUUCUUCUUCUUCUUUUUCCUCUUUAUGUUCUUCUUCUUCUUCUUCUUCUUCUUCUUCUUCUUCUUCUUCUUCUUCUUCUCUUCCUUUCUCUACCCGACUCUCUUUUUCUCGACAUUCUUGUCCCACUCCUUCUCUUCUUUCGAUUCUCUUUUUCUGCUUCUCUGUCUCUAUUCCUUUCUUCUCUUCUCUGUCAUUCUCUUCUCUGUCAUUCUCUUCCUAUUUCUCUCUCUCUCUCUCUCUCUCUCUCCUGCUCCCUCCGUCUCUCGCUUUCUUUCUCCGUUUCACUCUUCUCCAUUUACUCACCUUCUCUUACUGUUCCACUCUUCCUCUCUCUUCCUCUCUCUCUCUCUCUCUCUUUUCUCUUCUCUUUUCUAAUCUUUCUCUUUCUUCACCUCUUUCUCAUCCCGUCUCAUAUUUCUGUCUUGAACUUCCUCUCUCUAUCCCACUUUUUCUCUCUUUCCAUCUCUCGCUCUUCGUAUCUCUCUGCCCCUUUCUUUCUUUUUCGGUCCCACUCUUCCUCUCUUUCCAUCUCUUGA